AAGAGCCCCAUCUCCCAGCUUAGAGCUAUGGAACACAGACAACGGACACAGCUUAAAAAGACUAAGGAAUCGAGUCAUAUUCAAGCACGCAGUUCUUAAAGAAAACAGACAACAUGUCACCAUUUUUCAUUCCAUCUGUUAGCUUUCUACUGCUUGUAAGUUUGAUGAUCACAAAUGCACUUCCGCUACAAAGCACGGCCUUGACCAGUGAAGACCUGGACGUCUUGAAGCUUCUGCUCAGCCAACUGGAAGAAUCAGUUCCCGCUCAAAUGCUGGAACCAGAAGAGGAAGAAGCGGUGGUUGAGGAAAAGGAAGUUGUACCUCAGCCUGAGGUGCUUGCGAGAAACUUCCUCUCUGCUCGGGACCUGAAGACAGUUCGCCAGAACUCCAGUUCCAAGAAGUAUUCGGGUUGUUUUGGCGGCCGGUUGGACCGGAUUGACUCCAUGUCCACUCUGGGCUGCAACACUGUUGGACGCCACAGUAGGUCUAAAGAGGAAAUGAAGUCUUAAGCAGAACAGUUACAUCAUUGUCUGUGAUGAUGCCAGAGUGAAUUUUUAAAUGUCCAUUUAUUUAUUAGAAUAUUUAUUGAUCUGCCUUCAUAUAAAUUUAUAUUUAUAUGCAUUCUUUAUUUAUGCUCAAUAGUCAGUUAUAUAUCUAAAUGAAAUAUUCAAUAAAAUGAUUUUGAAAAAAAC